GGAGAUUUGAAGGACCUUAUUCUCAUAGUAAUUCUGAUUUUGAUCAGUUGAUAUCAACAAUGUCCAAACAUAGAUGUCAGGUGGUAGCUCAACAACUUUUACACGAGGCAUUACAGAUUGAUAAUCAACUAUCACAUAUAGUAGCUUGUAGAAUCAAUGGUGAAGAAGGAUGGAGAAAUCUACAUAGAAUGAGACAUGAGUUAAAAGGUCGUCUUCAACAGGUUUUGUUAUUAGAUCCAUCAUUAGCCAAUAAACAUAAUAUAGAACAGUUGCUAUGGAAAUCAGCCUAUUAUCAAGUUAUUGAAGUAUUCAGAAAAAAUUUAACAGAAGAACAUGAUGAAAAUAUGAAAACUCAAUUGUUACAGAUUUUACAAGAAGGCACAGAUUUUUUUGAAGGUUUAGUAAAGAGAAUGCAGUCUGUGUAUAGUUUUGAUUUAGAGACAUUUUUAGAUUCAAAUCAACUGCCUCCAGAGAAUUUAAACAGAACAGUUAAACUAUGUUUAAUGAUAUCACAGAAAUUGUUGAUAUGUUUGGGGGAUAUAUCACGAUAUAGAGAACAAGCUAAUGAAACUACAAAUUAUGGUCGUGCUAGGAGUUGGUAUAUGAAAGCUCAACAAUUAGCUCCUAAAAAUGGCCGUCCAUACAAUCAACUAGCUAUUCUAGCUCUUUAUACAAGACGAAAAUUAGAUGCUGUAUAUUAUUACAUGAGAAGUUUAGCUGCUAGUAAUCCAUUUAUAACAGCUAGAGAAAGUUUGAUGUCUUUAUUUGAUGAGGCCAGGAAGAAGUCUGAAACUGUGGAGAGAAAGAAGACAGAAGAAAAAGAGUUGAAGAAAAAGAAAAUGGAACAGAAUGAGAAAACUAAUAAACAUCGUAUAGAAAUAUGGAUCUCAUCAGAUGGCAGUAGUACAGAAAAUCAAGCAGACGUAGAUUCACAGGAAGAAGAUUUGUCACAACUCUCUGGAAUAGAGUUGAAUAAGAGAUUUGUAUUAAGUUUUCUGAUAGUACAUGGAAAAUUAUUUACUAAAAUUGGAAUGGAGUUAUUUGCAGAGAGUUGUAGUCAGAUGUUACAAGAGUUUGAUGUUUUAUUACAUCAUUCACCAUGUGUCAUCAGUAGUCAUAGAUUAAUACAGUUGAUGGCUAUAAAUAUGUUUGCUAUUGAAAAUACAGCUUUAAAAGAUGAAUCACUAGAGGAUAGUUGUAGAUCAUUAUUACAAGAUUAUGCUGUUCAGAUGGGAUUGGAUAUGUUCGGUCUGUUAGCUACCCGAUGUUCACAGUUAAUGGCUACCCACCUCCAGUCUUCAGAGUACCCAGCUAGUCUAAUGAAUGAAGAUUUACAUCAGUUGACACCUGGUCUAAAAGUCUGGACUGAUUGGAUGAUGUGUCAUUCUGGUCUGUGGAAUCCUGCACCAACUCCUAGACCUCCUGACGUAGGACCACUGAUAGAUCCCUGGAAAUGUACAGCUGAUCUGUGUAAUAUAUUGAAAGAUGUUGAUACAUCCCAUAUUAAACUCUAUAGACAUAAGAAAGAAAAUUGUGAUGCUAUUAUAUUAAAUGAAGAUAAUUUAAUGGCAGGAUUUGUUCCUAUGCUAGGAGCACCUGUAGAAAGUUGUUUUGUUCAUUCUACUGUUGAUAAGGAAAUAGCGAGAGAUGCUUUAAGGCUAGAGAAAUUUGGUUUAUUUAGUGAUUAUCUAUGCGGUAUAGAACCACCUAUGUUAUCAUAUAAUGUAGAAACUAAACAGUAUUAUUCUAUAGCACCCGUUACUGAAGGAGAAAAUGAAUCUGUUGAUGAGCAAAAUGACUAUUCAGAGUCUGAAGAUGUUAUUGUUGAAAGUGAAGAAGAAAUAGAGGUUAUUAGUGGGGAUGAAGAUCAUGUCCGCCAUCUUAAAGUUAAACGUGAACAUCUGAAAAAGAAAGUUAAGGAGCAAACAAAACAUAAAGAAAAUGUCGAGGCUCUGUUAGAGAAAGACAGACAUAAGAAGAUUGAAUUAGAAAUUCAUCCCAGAUUUUUGGUUCCUGAUACCAAUUGUUUCAUUGAUCAGUUUAACAAUCUAGCCUCCAUUUUAGAGAGUAAAAAAUACACCAUAGUUAUUCCCCUUGUUGUUAUAAAUGAGUUAGAUGGACUGUCUAAAGGAAGUAAAGAAGCUAAAUAUGAUAGUAAAGAGCACGCCUCCAUGGUACAGCAACACGCUACCACAGCUUUACAAUAUCUAGAGGCUCAAUUUCAACGUAAACAUUCACAUCUUAGAGCUCAAACAUCAAAAGGUUCUAUCUUAGAAACCAUAGCUUUCAGGAGUGAAGAAAUUGAUGCCACGGUAGGUUUUGGUACCAAUGAUGAUCUCAUUCUAUCAUGCUGUUUACAUUACUGUAAAGAUAAAGCUAGAGAUUUCAUGCCCAAAGGAAAAGAUGCGCCAGUUCAUCUAUAUCGUGAUGUAGUCUUGUUAACAGAUGAUAGAAAUCUACGACUUAAAGCUCAUACUUGUAAUGUACCCGUCAAAGAAGUUGGAGCUUUCAAAAAAUGGAGCCGUAUUAGUUGA